AUGAGAAUGCUGAGAAAACUCGUCCCCCUUACAGCGUCCCGCACUCUCACCCAGCCUCGUGCACGAUUCAGUGUGGUCCACCCCUCCGUCCAGUACGAUGUCGUUAUUGUGGGCGGUGGUCUCAUUGGUAACGCCGCUGCGGUUGCACUAGCUCUGGAGGAAAGGAUGGAGGAUAAGAAGAUUCUUUUGUUAGAUCAGUCAGAGAGGGAACCUAAGUUUGAGCCGGAGAACGGUUUUAAUUUGCGAGUGAUUAACUUGACUGUGGGUAAUCAGGAGUUUCUAGAUGGUAUUGGAGCAUGGGAUAGAAUCAAAGAUAUGAGGUUCAACUCCUACAAUAAUAUAUUCAACUGGGAAUCCAACAGCAACCAUACAAUUUCCUUUACGGCCGACCCUAUGGGAUAUAUCGUAGAGAACAAUAUAAUCGAGACAAGUUUGCUGGAUAUCGCAAAGAAUCUCCACAACGUCGACAUCAGACGAGGUGAGGAAGUGAAGGAGAUAAAGCUGCCUCUAGAGGAAAGUAGAGAACAGGUCACACUCGGUCUUGCUUCGGGGGACGUUGUGGAGACCGAUUUGUUAAUAGGAGCGGACGGGGCUAACUCUUACGUCCGCAAGACGCUCGACUCUCCUGUCAUGUCCUGGAUGUACGACCAGCAAGGCAUAGUGUGCACUUUGAGGAGUCCGUGUUUAGAUAAGGAUGACGUGGCCUACCAGAGGUUCCUUCCCUCCGGUCCCAUUGCUCUCCUUCCCUUGGGCGAGGGCCUCUUUUCUCUGGUGUGGUCUUGUAAAUCUAACAUAGCUAACGAACUUAUAAACCUACCUGACGAGGAUUUUGUUGCCAGAGCAAAUAACGCUUUACAAAAGCGGGCGAAUGUACCUCCAUUAGUUGCUGCAAUGGAGACAGUUUCAGAUAAGAUGGGUAUGUUAGAGUAUCCUCCCACAACGCCUCUAAUAACAGAAAUAGAGGGUCCUAGAGCCAAGUUCCCUCUGGGUUUCAGCAACUCUACUCGCUACAUCGGUCCUCGCACCGCACUCUUAGGAGAUGCUGCACACCGUGUCCAUCCCCUGGCCGGACAAGGCGCUAACAUUGGGUUCAGAGGAGUUCAGGAGCUCAUCAGAAAUAUCAAUAACAAUCCAGAUAGGGGGAUUGGAGAUUAUAAAGUGCUGAACUCGUUUGAAAGUGGGCUCCAGCGACAGGUAACCCCCAUGCUGGCUUUCAUUGAUGGUAUGUAUAAACUGAACUCCACAUCUUUUGAUCCGAUAGUGGCUGCCAGAAGUUUUGGACUGGGGAUGGUAAAUCAGCUGCCGAUCUUGAAAAACAUUAUCCUCGACAGAGCUCGGAGUUGA